AUGGUGCUGUUCUCAGGUCGCUUUGAUUCCGCCGUCUCCUUCCUCGUCCUCACCGCUCCCGUUUGGGUCUUCAUCUCCGGUGUUGUGGCCCCGGCUGUGUUCGUGGUGGAUCCAGCCGUUGGCGACGCUGUCCGCGCCAGCAAGAACUCCCGGCUUGCCACUGCUCAAGCAUGGUUCCACACCGGGCGGAGAAGGUGGUGGACCUGUAGGACAUCGAGACAGGCUGCGUUGGACGACACCUUCGUCAACGACAGCACCGGUGGGACCAGCCUCAAGGCCCACGUGCGCCUUGCUGAAGGACGUACGAAGAGCAGUCAGAGCUACACAACGCAGUCUGGCAACGACCGCACUGAGAUCAAUGACACCGUCUUCAAUGGUCACCAGUGGCGGCUUCAACUUCGUUGUCAAGCAUCAAGGCCAGCUGCCGUGUGCUCAGAGAUCUGCAAGGGUGCUCUGGGAGUGGCCCCCACCUCUGUCAUCACGGGGCCCACUUGGGGCAGUGAUGGUCCUCAGAUUCAACGCGAUAAGAAGGGAUGUCAACAUCUUAAGAGUCUGGUGAAGGGUUCAAUAGUCACAGACAGCUCCAAUACUACAUUUUGUGUUUAUGACUCCGACAUUGCUACUGGCUAUGGUGUUGGUGCUUUCCUGUUUCUUCUCUCAGGCCAUUCACUGCUUAUGGGUGUUACGAGAUGCAUGUGCUUUGGUGCACCACUUGCACCAGGUGGAAGCAGAGCCUGGUCCAUCAUAUACUUCGCAUCUUCAUGGAUCACAUUUGCAAUUGCAGAGGCCUGCCUAAUUGCUGGAGCAACAAAGAACGCAUAUCACACCAAGUAUAGGAAUAUGGUAUAUGCUGGUAACUGGACUUGCCAAUCUCUACGCAAAGGAGUGUUUAUUGCUGGAGCAGUCUUCGUGGUGUUCACCAUGAUUUUGAACGUCUACUUCUACAUGUACUAUUCUAAGGCCACUAGCCAAGCUGCAAAAAGGAUCAGUAAGACAACUCCCAGCGUUGGCAUGACCGGCUAUGCGUGA